AUGGCUUUAAUCUGUAAAAAUAAUAUGAAAGUCACAAUUAAAGAUCACAGCCACAACAUCAUUAAUGUUGAACUCCUAUAUCACACUACUGAUAAAAGCUACCUAAUAACAGCUUUCUAUGGUAGUCCUUACUCUAAAAAACUUGAUUCAUGGACUCAUCUAAGAAGGAUGGCUAACAACACCACUUUACCUUGGCUCAUAAUGGGAUACUUUAAUAUAGUUCUCUCUAAUGAGGAAAAUAAAGGGCUAAGGCCUUUUGAUAGAAAUGAGGCUGAAAUUUUCAAAGACAACUUAUCAGAUAUGGGAGUGCAAGAUAUGGGUUUCACAGGAUACCCCUAUACCUGGUGCAACCAAAGAACUGAUAAUACUAGAGUGGAGGAAAGAUUGGACAGAGCUUUCUGCAAUGAUGAGUGGAUAGAUUUGUUCCCUCAAUCAAAUAUAUACCACCUGGUUUCAAGAGGAUCUGAUCCCAGUCCUAUAAUCCUAAAAACUAGUCAUAAUUGGAAAGACGGUGCUUACCCAUUCAAAUAUUUUGGAGGAUGGAUGGAACAUCCAGACUGCAAAAGAAUUAUAAUGGAAGCAUGGAACUCUAACCAAUCUGGUUCUGCUAGCUACUCCUUAGCCAAAAAUAUGAGUACUGUUAAGAAUUUCCUCAAAAGGUGGAAUAAAACUUUCUUUGGCAACAUAAAGCACAGAAUUUCUGAAUUAAAAAAGAACAUAGAUAAACUCUCACAAAACACUAAUAGAUGUCCUAUUGCUAUAAAGAAACUUGAAGAAUCUCUACAGCAAUGGAAGGACAUAGAGGAGGAUUACUGGAAAACCAAAAGCAGAAACAAUAGAAUAAAUUUGGAGGGAUAG